CUUUGACAUUUGAUGGCCAGAGCUUGUCAUUCCUGGCUGAUGGGGUAACGGGCUCGGGGUGAACAGCUCGCUGUCAGACUCGGAGCAGGACUCGUGUAUACGUGGAACUCUUGUGCGCACGCUGCUUGUUUCCUUGGGUCUGUUUUAACCUUUUAACGCAUCGAGUCACAUCUUCCUCUGGAGCACAUCCGUAGGUAGAUUUGAUACGUGAUCGACGAUGCUAGAGACAUUCACAGCAAAGCCAAGAAAGUCAUUUCGCGAUUGUUUUUGUAUAUUUCAUCGAAUCCUCAGAAGAGACGCAGGGAUUCAUCUGACGUGAGCGCAGUCUCGGCGGAUUAUAUACUGUGUUUUGGGGGAAAUAUCGCUGGUGGUGCUAAUGUUGCUCAGCUUCACUGUGCAAGCAAAGCAGCUACGAAGCUAACGUUACGCCAGACAGUGGAGGACUUUUUAUUGAAUGUAAUUUAUCAUUAGUUGUCUUUCGGACCACAAAAUGGCUAUUAUACCCUGAUAUCCUGAACUUUAUCAUGUUUCAGUUCUCGGUCAGCUGUGCUUGAACGUUGCAUGCUGGUUGGCUUCAAAUGGUGCCGACUGGUUAGCGAUCUAACCCUUUGUGCAUCACCAUUGGAGAUGAUUUCUCAUCUAAUAAUGUAAAUUUAUUUCUCAGAUAAUGUGUUCAUACAUGCAGCUCGCGCAUAUUGCGUGCAGGAGGAUGUCUGGCUAGAUCAAAGUGGACUAAUUUAUGCGGAGGGAGUGGUAGUGUCUCGGUUUUGCGUGUUUGGAUGUUAAAUCAGACCCAUAUGUCCUGACGUUAGUCAUCUGACUGUGUGUGAAGAGGCAGGUCAGAUUGGUUGCUGUCGCUCCUCCUUUUGUUUUGGCUUUUCACUGCUUACCUUGACAUCUUCGUCGUCCAUUAAUCUGAUUUUGAAGUCUUCACCGGUCAUGUUAAGAUUGCAUGCAUGGUGUCAGGAAUUUAAAUACUUACCUUUACAGAAUCCCUGUCAAAUGCCUCUACUGUGAUCAUCUGUAAACGAGACUGUUGAUCUGUAAACGCUGUUACUUGAACUGCUCUCUAAGGGCACCUAUCGAGACUUGACAUCCAUUGAUUGCUCCAGCAUGCGCCUGUCUUCUUUCCUGGCUGUUUUCCGGCCUGCUCUGCCUCUCAUCCUGGGCCUCUCUUUGGGCUGCAGCCUCAGCCUCCUGAUGGUGUCCUGGACGCAGGGGGAGACCGAUGAGGCUUGUGGAGAUGAACUGGGCAAUGGGAGACUCAUACACAGUGGUCAUAUCAGGGAUGUCCAGGAUGGUCAAGAUGGGGAUGGGAAUGAGGACUUCCAGCCUCGCAUUGUGCCCUAUCACAAGGACCCCAACAAACCACACAAGAAAGUACUCAGGACGCGCUACAUCCACACAGAGCUGGGCAUCCGAGAACGCCUUCUGGUGGGUAUCCUGAGCUCACGCGCCACUCUCAACACACUAGGGGUGGCUGUCAAUAAAACGGUAGCUCACCGUUUCCACCGUACCUUCUUUUUCACUGGCCUUCGAAGCACAAAGGCACCGCAUGGCAUGGCUGUUGUUGCUCAUGGUGAUGACCGACCCGUCUGGCUGAUGUAUGAAACUAUACGCCACCUCCACGUACAGCACACAGGAAUUACUUAUGACUGGUUUUACCUAGCACAAGAUGAUACAUACACACAAGCUGAAAGGGUCAUGGAGCUGGUUAAUCAUCUUAGUGCGGGACAGGAUAUGUACAUGGGACGGGCAGAGGAGUUUAUCGGGGGUGAAGAACGUGCCCGGUAUUGCCAUGGUGGAUAUGGGUAUCUGCUGUCACGUAGCCUGCUAGCUCGACUGCAGCCCCACCUGGACUCUUGUCGAAAUGAUAUCCUCAGUGUCAGGCCAGACGAGUGGCUUGGUCGCUGCAUCAUCGAUUACCUGGGUCUCAGCUGUGUGGAGAAGCAUCAGGAGAUGACAUACCGUUACUUUGAGCUGCAGAAGAACGUGGACCCUGAGCGCGAGGACAGUGCACAGUUUAAGAAUGCCUUCACUGUCCAUCCCGUCUCUGAACCUGCCCUGAUGUAUCGCCUACACAAACGCUAUAACCAGAUUGAACUGGACUGGACCUAUGCACAAAUACAGCAGUUACAGAACCAGAUCAACAACAUAAGUGAGCUCACUCCAGAGGGCAAAGCCGGAGCCACCUGGCCCAUCGGAAUCAACCCACCUUUCCGACCCAAAACCCGCUUUGAGGUGAUCAACUGGGAAUACUUCACCGAAGAGCACAUUUAUUCAUGUGCCGACAGCUCUCCAAAGUGUGAGCUUCGAGGUGCAGACAGGGCAGACGUCAAUUCAGUCCUGGAGACAGCAGUGGGUCGUUUAAACGAGCGCUAUCAGCCUCAGUUACGCUUCCGUAAGCGGCGUCUGCUAAAUGGGUACCGGCGCUUCGAUCCCACACGGGGCAUGGAGUACGUGCUGGAUUUGGCCCUGGAAGCAUUUACGCAGAAAGGUCACAGUCAAGUCAUCGCCAAACGGGUGAGUCUGCUGAAACCGCUCAGUGCUGUCGAGAUCAUCCCAAUGCCAUAUGUAACAGAAGCGACACGGGUACAGGUGAUCCUCCCUGUGACGGCACACGAUCAAGACUUUGUGGGUAACUUCCUUGACAUGUAUGUCAUGAAUGCUCUGGAUACCCAUGACAAUGCUCUUCUCACCUUCUUGUUUGUGUAUGACCCCUUCGAUGCCCAAAGAGUCAGCCAGACGGACGUCUUUGCAGGUGUCAAAGCUAUGAUUGGUGAGGUAGAGAAACGUUACGGUGAUGUAAAGAUUCCUUGGAUUAGUGUAAAGACUGAAGUUCCCUCACAGGUCAAGCUGAUGGACAUCAUCUCCAAGAAGCACCCAGUAGACACCCUGUUCUUUCUGGCCAGCGUUUGGACCGAGGUCAACGCUGACUUCCUUAAUCGCUGCCGUAUGAAUGCUAUCAGCAAUUGGCAGGUCUUCUUCCCGAUCCACUUUCAAGAGUACAGUCCCGCUCUGGUCUACCGCGACCAACAGACUUCCGCCGCUUCAUCGUUUGCGUCUGAGUCAUUGCGCGAUGGCCACUUUGACCGCCACGUCUUUGAAGAAGCCUGCUUCUACAAUGCAGAUUAUAUGGCUGCCCGCACAAAAAUGGCGGCUGACAUCUUGGACAAUGAUGAGUUGCUUGAGAGCAUGGACGUCUACGAGAUCUUUGUGCGUUAUUCGGGGCUGCACGUGUUUCGGGCUGUCGAGCCAGCGCUAGUUCAGAAGUAUGUGCACAGAGAAUGUAACCCGCGGUUCAGUGAGGACAUCUAUCACCGCUGUGUGCUCAGUAACCUCGAGGGGCUGGCCUCUCGAUCACACCUAGCGAUGGCUCUGUUUGAACAGGAGCAGGCUAACAGCACCUGAACUGACUACUACUGCAACCCUAAGAUGGCUUAAACGUCUUGAUUCUCAUUUAGGUGGCCUUAAAUGACCUACUGAUAUUGACCGAGUGAAUUUCACCCUGAUGCUGUGAACUUCUCUGCACAGAUCAUCCAGUCAUCUCAGUUCAGCCAAACACGGUGAAGUCGCCUUGUGAAAAGUUGUUCAAAAUCUGUAUAUCUUACUUUCUUUUGCGGAACAUAGAAGACAUUUUGAAGAAUGUGUUUUUUGGUCUAUACAAUGAAUGUCAAAGGUGACCAGUUCUCUUUGUUGUGUUCUGCAGAAGAAAGAAAUUCAGGUUUGAAUUGACUAGAAGAUCAGUACAUAAUGACAGAUUUUCCAUUUUUGGGUCCCUUUAAGGAUCUACAUAAAAUGGAGUUAACCCAUGAAUGUGUAACUAAUUUAACCAGAGAACAACAAUCACAAUAUCUUCAUAACUCAUUUU